UACCACGGAGACGUCGAUGUGGUGCGGCUGAUGCUCCGGUUCGGCGCCGACCAGGUUGCCUCUCGCGAGUCCAUGGCCUUCGAGUACGCCGCGGCGCAGGGCCACAUCGAAAUCGUCAAGUUACUCUUGCCCCACACCAGGAACGUCGCUACCGUCACAGCGGCUCUCCCGUUGGCGUGCUGCAACGGCCACCUCGAGGUUGUGCGGAUGCUUCUGGAUGCCGGUGCCGAUGUCCGUAGCAACAACGACGACCCGCUCCGCAUCGCCUCUCGCCGCGGCCACUUCCAGGUCGUCGAGUUGCUGCUGCAGAACGGCGCAGAUGUUGCCGCAGGCCACGGCAGCCUGCUGUACUGGUCCUGCUUCGACGGCCUGUACGAGAUGGUGCGUGUCCUGCUGGAGUACGGCGCUGAUGUGCACUCUCAGAACGGCACGGCGCUCCGAUGGGCGGCCCAAAACGGCCAUGUGCAGGUGGUCAAGGUGCUGCUUUCCUUUGGGGCCAACCCCAACGUCGACAACGGCUACCCGAUCGUCCACUCGUCCAUCCGCGGCCACUACGAGGUCGUCAAGGCCAUCUUGCAGUACAAGCCUGCCCAGGUCUAUCUCGACAGGGCCUGGGUGCUCGCCAAGCAGCAUGGACACACAGACAUAUGCAACCUUCUG